AUGUAUGACUCCUAUCGUCCACAUCCUCUCCUCGCCCAGGUCCCACUGACCGUCUCACCCUUCAUCAACCUCCCCACCUCCGUCACAUUACCUUACACGUACAAAUCCGUUCCCUCAUCUCUACCCCACUCAGUGACAGUCGAUCCAAACAGCCCUGAUGGUAAGGCCCGCUAUGUCAUUUCUCCAAGCGGUGAGCACGCAGCUCACCCAGAUGACAUCCUCGCCGCAUGCCACUCCCUCGAACAACAUUUGAAGGAGACUCGUAGCAACGCGGAACAAGCGAUCAACGCAUGGAAAGAGUCGAUAAAACAACGCGAGCUAGCCGAAAAGAGGCGCCUGGCUCCUGGGUGGCUUGACCGCGAGGAAAAGCUCCUUCAGCCUAGCCGGACCGGUACCUCUCCUGAUCCACAGGGCAACGCCCAUCCAAGUCUGCUGGAUAGCUCUUCUCCUGAGCAGGGCUCUUCGCAGAUGCCAACUAUGGUGCCUCAUGAUGAUGGGGAAGAGUUGGACAGAGCGUUUGGUGGUCUAGGUUUGAAAUCAUGA